GUUACUUACAGCGCUCUGGCAACCCAGUGCUAGGUUUCAGCUGCAUCACGCAGGUCUGGUCAUACAUACUCCGGCGUGUGGUAUCUACGUUUGUAUCAGGUGUUGUAACAAGCCAUGGCUGAUGAGGGAUAUGUAAUACGCAUCAGGGGUCUCCCAUGGUCCUGCUCAGUGGAUGAAGUACAGAGGUUUUUCUCUGAAUGCAAAGUCAUCAGCAACGGAGGUGGCGUCCACUUCACCUACACACGAGAGGGGCGUCCCAGCGGAGAGGCGUUUGUGGAAAUGGAGAACGAGGAAGACCUCAAGAUCGCGGUGAAGAAGGACCGAGAAACGAUGGGCCACAGAUACGUCGAGGUGUUUAAAUCCAACAAUGUCGAGAUGGACUGGGUCAUGAAGCACACCGGGCCGAACUGUCCCGAGACGGCGGGCGACGGGCUCGUCCGGCUCCGAGGUCUUCCCUUCGGCUGCAGCAAGGAGGAGAUAGUUCAGUUUUUCUCAGGGUUGGAAAUCGUGCCAAAUGGGAUAACAUUGCCGGUGGACAUCCAGGGGAGGAGUACGGGGGAGGCCUUCGUGCAGUUUGCUUCACAGGAUAUAGCUGAAAAGGCUCUAAAGAAACACAAGGAAAGAAUAGGGCACAGGUACAUUGAGAUCUUCAAGAGCAGCCGCGCCGAGGUGCGGACCCAUUACGAGCCCCAGCGGAAGCCCAUGGGCAUGCAGAGGCCGAGCCCCUACGACCGGCCCUCGGGCGGCCGCGGCUACAUGAUGGGCCGAGGGGGGUCCUACGAGAGGAUGCGGCGCGGCGGCGGCGGCGGCUAUGGAGGAGGUGGGUGUCAAGUGGACCUGACAUCUGAUUUUAAUAACGGGGUGUCGGAUGGACGAUAUGGAGAUGGCGGCGGUGGUGGCGGUGGAGGCGGCGGCGGCGGCUCCUCCUCCUUCCAGAGCACAACAGGCCACUGUGUCCACAUGAGGGGUCUCCCCUACAGAGCCUCAGAGACGGACAUCUACAACUUCUUCUCGCCGUUGAAUCCGGUGCGGGUCCACAUUGAGAUCGGGCCAGACGGCCGGGUGACCGGGGAGGCGGACGUAGAGUUUGCCACGCACGAAGAUGCCGUGGCGGCCAUGUCCAAGGACAAAGCCAACAUGCAACACCGCUACGUGGAGCUGUUCUUGAACUCAACAGCAGGGGGCAGUAACGGAGCCUACAGCAGCCAGAUGAUGGGAGGCAUGGGGAACCAGUCGUCUUACAGCAGUGGCCAGCUGAGCUCGGGGUACUCUGGUGGCUACAGCAGCCAGGGCAACAUGGGCGGCUACAGUGACUACAGUAACCAGAGCGGGAUGGGAAGCAGUUACUACGGCGGCGGCGGCGGCGGCGGCGGAGGAGGAGGAAGCAGAGGCUCCAUGAAUGGACUGAGCGGGGGAUGGGGGAUGUAGAUUUUCUUUUCCAUGAUUUGAUGUUUGUUUUUUUUAAACUCAGCAUUUUGCUGGUAGGACUGGAAACGCAAGUCUCACCCAGUAACCGUCGGGCGAGGGUCUGAAGCAUGGAGGGGGGAGGGUUUGUAUUUUUUUUAAGUGGAUGAUCUUCAGAGAGAAGUGAGAUCAUCUGGUGUCAGAGAAGCUGUUCGUCUUCCCCGUUCUCAGAUUUAAAUGUUCAUUACAGGAUGUGUCUGUCCUCUCAACCCGCCCGGUGCUGGUGGCGUUGACGUAGAUUCGAUGUCUGAGUGCAAGAACAAAACAUAUCAGGACGCGUAUCUUCUGAUGUUUUGACCUUAUUUCACCGUCUAGUGUUAAGCUUUUCUUUUUUUAUUCCCAGUUAAACUGUUAAUCUGAAUCGAGACGUCACAUGUUCAGAGCAUGUUUUUUUUUCUGGAUUUAGGGGCACGUGAAUUUCAACUCUGCUGACAUGAAGGUUUCUACUGCUUCAAUGCUCUUUGUAUUUCCUGUGCACAAAGUGAAUAAAAUAGUCUGGAAUAUCUAAUUGAA